AUGAUUCUGACUGUCACAGUCGACCUGGGCGGCUCGCUGGCCGUAGCAUCUCGCGGCCUGUUUGCGACUGGCGUCUCGACUGAUUUGAACGUGACCUACCUUUCAUCAGGUGGUAAAGUGGGUGACCUGAUACAAGCCGAAGUAACUUGUGACAAAUUCGGCAAGACUCUUGCAUACACGUCAAUCAACUUCUCGAACAACAAGGGCGAAGUGUUUGCCAGGGGCAGUCACACAAAGUACGUGGCGCUUGCUUGGAAAGAUCCAAACAACAUUGUUGAAGAGCUCUCGCCAAAGAAAGUAGAGGGAAAACCAUAG